AUGAAUGAAAGGAUUUCUGCUCUUGUAAGAGAAAGCUUAGAUUUCGUGAACACAAGAAUUAAAAAAGGCAUCGAAACUAACAUUGAUGAGUUGAGAAUUCAAUUGACGUCCUUGACUGAAGAAAUCAAUUCUAUGAAAUAUUCUGCAAGCACAGUUAAACCUCAACAACCACAAACAGCUGCUACUUACUCAUUUGAUGACAUCCUAAUGAAAGUUAUGCUUAUAAUAAUAUUCAUUGUAGUCAUUGCAUUUGCAACCAUUUAUAUCGUCAGAAUUUUCGUUAAGAGAAAUUCACAAAGAUUUGUUAUCCGACGACCACACUCAGAAACUGACACGAUUCAUGAGAACAUUUUCUAA